AUGUUUAUCGCAGAUGCACUAAGUCGAGCGUGUAUAUCGUCUCAUGAUAACGAUGUUGAUAUCGAUGUCUCGGAUGUAGUCCAUUCAAUUAAUAUGUUUACAAAUAUUCGAAAUGAGUUUGUACACGAAACAAUUAAAGAUGAUUUAUUAAAACAAUUAGUAUAUGUGUGCAAGAAUGGCUGGCCUAACCAAAACAAUAAGGUCUCGCGUGAGCUUAAACCAUACUUUAAUAUGCGUUACCAAAUAUCAUUUGAGGACGAUUUACUUUUUCUUAAUAAUCGUGUGUUUGUCCCUAUGAGGUUACAGAAUAGAAUUUUAUUUAAACUACACGAAGCUCAUCUUGGAAUUUGUAAAACUAAAACGAAAGCACGUUCUUUAUUUUAUUGGAAAGGUUUAGAUAAAGAUAUCGAGGAAUAUAUUGGUAACUGUGCAGUAUGUAAUAAAUUUAGGAGCGAGAAUACUAAAGACCCUAUGAUAUGUCAAGAAGUUCCUAAUCUACCUUUUGAGAAAGUUGCAUGUGAUAUUUUGGAUUAUGGGAAAGAUACUUACCUAGUACUAGUUGAUUACUAUUCCGGUUGGCUUGAAUUAAAUUAUUUAUCUUCUAAAAUCUCAAGUCAAAUAAUUAAAAUACUAAAAGUUAUUUUUUCGAUACACGGGAUUCCAAAGCAACUUGUGGCAGACAAUAUGCCUUUUAAUUUUAACGAAUUUCAGAAUUUUGCGACUGAUUGGGAAUUUGUUUUAACUACGUCAAGCCCUAGAUACCCAAAAUCUAACGGACUUGCGGAAAAAGGUGUAAGUAUUGCGAAAUCAAUACUAAAAAGAUCGGAUGAAGGUAAAGUUGAUAAGCAACUAAUGUUGUUAGAAUAUCGUAACAGUGCUAUUAUUGGCUCUAAGUUUUCCCCAGCACAACUUUUAAUGAGUCGCAUUUUAAGAUCGAAAAUUCCAAUCUUAAACAACUCUCUAAAGCCUACUUUAACACCAGUCUUGUAA